AUGUCAAUGGACAGACACACUCCGAUCGUGGUUGAUCUCACGCCAUUUUCUCCUCUCGACAUGCACACAACCUUCACUACUAGUGCAGAGUGGCUGCAGCAGCUUAUCUUGGUGGAGGACGUGGUACUCGAGCGAUACGCGAGGAGCAAGGCCGAACAUGCGCAGUACGACCUUCGCACAGGCGGUCUGCAUGUGAUCACACGGGAUGCCGUUUACGGACGGGAUUGGUCAGAGGACCUUGCGUCGAAGGAUAUAUUUACCAUCAACAUGGUGUCGCAUGAAGACUCUGGUUUCGACGGGAUGACAUGCCUGAGCGACUUCAAAAUCGCCCGUCGAUGGUCGUCAACGGACAUUCCAGAUUUCAGAAACGAAACACCAGGCCUUCCUGGCCGGAGGAAGAGAGGACAGAGCGUCACGGCGCCGAGAAUCGAUGUCAUCAUCUGCAGGGGCACGCGUACGUCGGAACACGAGAAUGGUGCCUACCAAGCACAGGACAAAUCACAGCCUGGCGAGCAUUGGAAGAAUCAGAAGGUGCACGAGAUCCCUCACGAUAACAUGCUCCUUGUUUUCCCCGGUCUCAUGUUCUCCGUCUUUCUCCCCCAUCUCGACCACACGAUCGUAGCCACCGCGCUGCCUACAAUCGUCUCCGAACUCGGGCGUGCAGACCAGUAG